AUGGCCGACUUCUGCGAAGACAAGGGCAUCCGACUCGACCUCACGUCAGUCGGACACCCCGAGUCGAAUGGGCAAGCAGAAAGAGAGAACCAGAGCAUCCUCCAUGGAAUCACACCACGGACGACUGGCUUCACACCCUUCUUCCUCGUGUACGGCGCCGAAGCUAUCAUGCCCACGGACAUCGCCUACGAUUCGCCACGAGUCACCAACUACGCCGAAGAAGAAAACGAGCGCGCUCGACAAGAUGACGUCGAUCUCCUCGACGAAGCACGCGACUUCGCACUCGCCAGGACAGCCAUCUACCAGCAAGGCCUCCGCCGCUAUCACAGUCGCCGCGUCCGCGGCCGCUCCUUCCAAGAAGGCGACCUAGUCCUGCGGCUAAUACAGGACAAGAAAGGGCCAUUCGCCGUCAGCCGCGCGCUCGGAAAUGACUCCUACUACCUCACCGACGUUCGCAAGGAUGACAAAGGCGAGCCACUCACCAGGGAAGUCGAGCGCCCCUGGAACAUCAACAUCCUUUGUCGGUUCUACACCUAG